AUGGCACCAAACGCUCACAAAAACGGCAAACAGAAAUCCAAGGCCAGUCGGCCCAAACUUGGCACCAUGGAUCAGAUUCGCGCAAAAAGCGCAGAACAAGCAAGAUCAGAGGCUAGUGAUGACAGUCUGUAUGCGGAGAGCGCCUCGUCAUCUGAAGACGAUGAAGAUGGCCAAGCGAGGAAGGAAGCCAGCAACAGCAAGGUCUUUUGUGGGGAUGGGCAGACCAUAGGAAGGUCAGGCAAGGUGAACAAGCGAUCUGCUACCGAGCCCAGAACCCGUGCCCAACAUAAGAAGACCACUGCUAUCGCUAGUGGAGCGAAGGAAGAAGCACACGACCGUUCUAAGGCGCAAGGAUUCUUGGAAAAGCUGCAGAGUGAGGCGAAGCUGAAGAAGGAAAGCUUGGAGAGAAAGCGCAAGGCUGAGGACGACGAGGACGAGAAUGAAGGGAUAAAGAAGGCGAAGUUGAACGAUACCUCCGUCUAG